CUCUCUUAUCUCACUUCUAAACGACGCUCUCCGAACCUCUCCACACUUGCACCGUAACAAAGCGCCCACGCUUCGCGCUGUGGCAUCCUAUAGAAUCUCUCUAUGUUCUUGGUGCUCGGCUGGGCCGCACGAUUGUUUGAUCUCCUACCACAACCAUUGAUCCGGCAACUUUUUCGCAACAAUGUCCUCCAUCACUUCAGCUGAAUUGAAUUAUCUCGUCUUUCGCUACUUACAAGAAUCAGGAUUUACACACUCAGCUUUUGCUUUAGGGUAUGAGGCAGGUAUUAACAAAUGCACUAUCGAUGGAAAUUUGGUUCCACCCGGUGCUCUUGUUACAUUUGUACAAAAGGGACUUCAGUACUUGGAGAUGGAAGCAAACUUGAGUAAUAGUGAUGUUGACAUGGAUGAAGAUUUUUCAUUCUUACAACCUUUGGAUCUCAUCACAAAGGAUGUCUGUGAACUACGACAAAUGGUGAAGGAGAAAAAGAAGAAUGUUCCAGGGGAUAAAGAGAAAGAGAAAGACCUUGAUAAGGAACAUGAAGUAGAACGUUCACGUGCAAAAGAGAAGGAAAAGCAUGAUAAGGAGAAGGAACGUGAAAGGGAUAAAGAAAAAAUAGAUAAGGGUAAGGAACGAGAGAAGCUGCAUGACGAUCACACUGAUCAAGAAAUGCUUACUAAUCAAGAAGACAAGGUUAAUGAGAAACCUGAGGAAAAUGGAGUUCCUAAAGGACCUGAACCAAUGGAUAUUGCAACGACCUCUGCAUCCCAGUCCUGCGAAAUUCCUAGUUCUGAUGUGACAAUUUUGGAAGGACAUACUUCUGAGGUUUGUGCUUGUGCAUGGAGUCCAACAGGUUCACUUCUUGCAUCUGGGUCUGGAGAUUCCACAGCUCGUAUUUGGACAAUUACUGAUGGGACCUCUAGGUCGGGUGCACAGAAUGGUCCUUCAAAUGUUCUAGUGCUGAAGCAUGUAAAAGGACGAAAUAAUGAGAAGAGCAAAGAUGUCACAACACUUGAUUGGAAUGGCGAGGGGACAUUACUUGCAACCGGUUCAUAUGAUGGCCAAGCCAGAAUUUGGAAUACAAAUGGUGAGCUGAAGGCAACUUUGAGUAAACAUAAAGGACCCAUAUUUUCUCUAAAGUGGAACAAGAAGGGUGAUUAUCUUCUUACAGGAAGCUGUGAUAAAACUGCAAUUGUUUGGGAUGUGAAGGCAGAGGAAUGGAAACAACAAUUUGAAUUUCAUGCAGGGCCAACUCUUGAUGUUGACUGGCGAAAUAAUGUUUCAUUUGCUACAAGCUCCACAGACAACAUGAUAUAUGUGUGUAAAAUUGGAGAAACCCGCCCUAUUAAAACUUUUGCUGGGCAUCAGGGGGAGGUCAAUUGUGUCAAAUGGGAUCCAAGCGGUUCGUUGUUGGCCUCAUGCUCUGAUGACAUUACUGCUAAGAUAUGGAAUAUGAAGCAGGAUAAGUAUGUUCAUGAUUUGAGAGAGCAUGCCAAGGAGAUAUAUACCAUCAGAUGGAGUCCCACUGGACCAGGGACGAACAAUCCUAACCAUCAACUGAUUCUUGCAAGUGCAUCAUUUGACUCUACAGUAAAGCUCUGGGAUGUAGAAUUAGGGAAACUUCUCUACAGUUUGAAUGGACACAGGGAUCCCGUGUACUCGGUUGCAUUUAGUCCAAACGGGGAGUAUUUAGCUAGUGGAUCUCUUGAUAAAUCCAUGCACAUCUGGUCCUUGAAGGAAGGAAAGAUUGUAAAGACAUUCAGUGGCCAUGGGGGUAUAUUUGAAGUAUGUUGGAACAAGGAAGGUGACAAGAUUGCUGCUUGUUUUGCCAACAAUACAGUCUGUGUUUUGGACUUCAGAAUGUGAAGACUUCGGAAGCUUCCUGCAAUAUUAGGAAUCAAUAACUCAAAUAUCCUCCAAGCUUGUGGGAAACAUGGGAAGCCUAAUAGGUUUGUCCUCAAUAUUCAGCCAUAGAGAAGUUUAAUCCUUAAGGGGAUGAUAAAACCUGUAAUCUAUUAUUCGGUUAGUUGUUAACAUUUUCUCAGUAGAUUAGAUGUAGGCAUUAGUUAUUGAUUCUAAUCUGUUGUAAGUUCUAAGUGACAGUUCUUACUUAAUUGCAGUGAGACAUCUGCCAUGUAGGAUGUGAAUUGGUCCCAACUCCCAAAUCAUGUACAGAAUUAUGCGUUGAGUCCAUAAUUUAUGACUUAAAAGAGUGCUUCUUUUUUGUGGUAUAGUGGUAAUGUUGUUUGGUAGCCA